CGAUCAGCUAACACCGUAAACUUUGCAUCUAUCAGCAAGUUGGGAAACCGGUAUUUGGGUGAGGCUGUUCCAUUAAGCAGGUCAGCUAGUGCUCUAGAGUGCUGUGCAUCACUUAUGCCACUAGCAAUCUACUAGUCAUUCUUCUUAGCCUGCCAGGGUUCAGCGGCCAGUUUAUUAGAGGAUAUACAAGCCUAGGCAGCAGUCUACGCACGGAUCCAAUGCUAACUCUAGUACAUGACCUCACUACCACUUGCUAACCACUAACACGUCAAUCAUUCACACAUUCCCAGCAUCGAUAAAAUGGUUUCAACCAGAUAUACAUGUGCAUCUCAAGAUGCUGUUAUGAGAAUACCCGAGCUCUUCCAGAUGAUCCUGUUGUGCCUCGAUCAACGAUCUCUUUUAACCAGUGCUCAGAGGGUCAAUAAAUACUGGCACAGCACCAUUCAGAACACGCCUGCAAUCCAACAGGCUUUAUUUUUCAAGGCAUUUCCUGCGUCAUAUGAUGGACCUCCCGUUUUCAAUCCGCUUCUUAUGGAAAUUUUCUCAGAUUGGAUUCCUUACGACUGGGACUCUGACUAUAAAUAUCGAGAACGUAAUGCGGUGGUGCUCGAGAAAGCAUUUGAAUCACUUCUUCCCACAACAGAGCAUCAUCGAAUGUUUCGCCAGAAACGUGCCUCGUGGACUCGCAUGCUAGUGCGGCAACCACCUAUACGCACGCUCUGUGUCUGGCACCAACUCCAUCGCCGGGGCGGCAACAGUCAUGUCGUAAAGAAGAAGCGCUGCAGAAGGGGUUUACGGAUGGGGAAGCUCUACGAUAUAUCCAUAUGCUUCCCGUUGACCGUAUAUUGGGAAGGUUGGGUACAAGGUGAGACAGCUUGCUACGAAGACCACUCCUGCCACCAUUUAGACAAGAACGCUACAGCAAGGCUGAAUCGCAUAGCUGGGAUGGCAGACCUUACUGUGCACACAUCGUUUUCCCAAACCUGUAUGAAGCCACAACCGCCUUAUCGACCUUCUGUAAAGUAUUGGAGAGGAAUUGAAAUACCAAAAUAUGACACGAGGAGUACGGAAUGGAUGACCCGGAGGACUCGGUUUAGAGUUUCCAGGUACAAUGGGCCGUAGUGCUCCUCCUGUCUUUCAUAGCAGUUCUUUCGUAGCAGGAGAAUACGGAACUUGGGACUGGUCGAAUUGUGUACUUGGAAAUCAGUUCUAAUCAAUGCAGGGUUGUCGUGACUCGGAGAAAUGUUAUACUUACCCCGCAAUCUCAUCUAAAU